GUGUCCAAAGAGGCUCCGCCAUUUCUAAUCAAUUUCAUAUUCUAAUUUAUAAAAUAACAUGCCAAACAACCAGUGCUGGGAAGGUUGUGUGAAAAUAUUCAGAAUUAACCCCUUUUGUAAUUGUUAACAUUUUAACAAAUUACAGUUACAUUUAUUUUGUAAUUAAAUUACCUAAUUCUGUUACAUGUAACUACUCCCCAACACUGUAUACAGCAUAAACAAACAAACAACAACAAAAACAUCUAAAAAUGUGUGUUCAUUAAAUCUCUAAACGGGUGCUACAUUCUUUCAAUGAAGUCUAUUUACUCUUUUGUUUUUAAAUAUGACAUUUUCCCAGACAAAAAUAAAAUAAUUGUAACUUCCAAUUAAAUAUAUAUUAACAAAAACAUAUGGAUAUGGUCAUUAUUGUCCUUUGAAAGCGCUCUUAUCAAACUGUACUUCCUUUUCUUUUAAUCGGCGUCACAAAGUAUGCAUAUAAACAUGACCUCACUCCAGAGAGACAGCGCGAGCGCGAGCGCAUGCGCGCCCGUGUUUUCCAGGGACGGUGUUCAUUUGGCCCGGUUUCUCGGUUUCUGUCUGGAGGAAUCCUACUAUGGCAACGGCUCGGGAAGCGCCCAGGCGCGUAAUUUACACCGAAAGCUUCGCAAUCCGCAGUUCGCCAGCGGACUCCCGCCUACUAACCGACUCAAAGCCGUCAGCUAAUCAGACAGCAGCGUGACGCGACGCGACGCGUGUAAUAUUCAUGAGGCGAGGCGAGCCUUUGCCGUAGUAGCGCAGUUCCAGCGCCGCGUUUCUCCAGCGUGUCUGACCGCAGAGGGGAGCUUCUGUCGCGGCGCGUGAAUGAGGUUGAUGCUGCUCUGCUGCUCCUGGAAGGACGAACGCAUGGGAGAGGAGGAAGCCGGCGGCAGGUUGCCGGAGUGUGCGGGCUGCAGACAGCACAUCUCUGAUGAGCAGUACCUACAGGCCCUGGACACGGACUGGCACACGCUGUGUUUCAGGUGCUGUGAGUGCGGCGCGUCUCUCUCACACUGGUACUAUGAGAAGGACAACCGGCUCUUCUGUAAGAAGGACUACUGGGCUAAAUUCGGGGAGCUGUGUCAUGGCUGCUCGGAGCCCAUCACCACCGGACUCAUCAUGGUCGCCGGAGAGCAGAAGUAUCACCCAGAAUGCUUCACCUGCCUGAGCUGCCGAGCGUUCAUCGGUGAUGGAGACACGUAUGCUCUGGUGGAGCGAUCCAAACUCUACUGUGGACACUGUUAUUAUCAGACGAUCGUGACUCCGGUCACCCUGCCCGACUCGCCCUGCUCCAGGAUCCCUCACACGGUCACGCUAGUGUCCAUUCCUGCCUCCACCGAUGGGAAACGAGGCUUUUCCGUGUCCAUCGAUCAGGGCUCCAGUCCCAACGGCUUCAGCCCCGAACACACACACACCGUCAGAGUCUCCGAGGUGGACCCAGAGUGCAUCAGUCCAGACGUCAAGAACUCUAUUCAUAUCGGCGACCGGAUCCUGGAGAUCAAUGGAACCCCAAUCCAGAACGUUCCUCUGGACGAGAUUGAUCUGCUGAUCCAGGAGACCAGUCGUCUGCUGCAGCUGACCAUUGAACACGACCCUCACGAUCACGGCCCGUCAGAGGACCAGGUGGACGGGCCGACACCCCCGUCUGAGGGACCCAGUCCCAUCACGCCCAUCACACGGCCGCCCAGCAAGGACUUUAACAACCUGCGCUCGCGGAUCAUCACGCGCAGCUGCAGUAUUGAUAAAUCCCCGUGCUCCAGUAACACUCCAUCUCCACUGUCUCUGAGGAAAGACAUCGGCCGCUCGGAGUCGCUGCGCGUCGUGACCAACCACACGCACCGAAUAUUCAGAGCCUCCGACCUGAUCCACGGAGAGGUGCUGGGUAAGGGCUGCUUCGGACAGGCCAUAAAGGUGACUCACAGAGAGACAGGAGAGGUGAUGGUGAUGAAAGAACUCAUUCGAUUCGACGAGGAAACACAGAGGACCUUCCUCAAAGAGGUGAAGGUCAUGAGAUGCUUGGAUCAUCCUAACGUGCUGAAGUUCAUCGGCGUCCUCUACAAAGACAAGCGGCUCAACUUCAUCGCUGAGUACAUCAAAGGAGGAACGCUGAGAGACAUCAUCAAGAAUAUGGACAGCGAUUAUCCAUGGAAACAGAGAGUGAGUUUUGCCAAGGACAUUUCCUCUGGGAUGGCGUACCUGCACUCCAUGAACAUCAUCCACCGAGACCUCAACUCACACAACUGCCUGGUCACAGAGAAUAACAGUGUUGUUGUGGCGGAUUUCGGACUGUCCCGACUCAUGGUGGAGGACAAGAAUCAGGACAAGCUGUCCUCAGGACAGAUCCCGGGCGUGAGGAAACCCGACAGGAGAAAGAGAUACACCGUGGUGGGAAACCCGUACUGGAUGGCUCCUGAAAUGAUUCACGGGAAGAGCUAUGAUGAGAAGGUGGACAUCUUCUCGUUUGGCAUCAUGCUGUGUGAGAUUAUUGGCCGAGUCAACGCCGAUCCCGACUUCUUGCCCCGCGCCAUGGAUUUCGGGCUGAACGUGAAGGAGUUUUUGGACGAUCACUGCCCACCUGACUGCCCGCCUGCUUUCUUCCCCAUGGCGGCGCUCUGCUGCGAUCUGGACGCUGAGAAACGACCUGCGUUUGUGAAGCUGGAGUCGUGGCUGGAGAACCUGAAGAUGCACCUGGAGAUGGGCCUUCAUCUGGUGUCAGAGCUGGAGGUCAUUCAUCAGGACUUCUUGCAGAAACACUCGAGCAGCAAGAACGGCCUCCACACGCACCCAGAGUAACAGCGGAGCAGAUCCAGGAGUCUCCUCACAACAGAACGCAUCCCCACAGAUGCUCAGUGCAUGUCUGCCGUGGCUUGCGGUGUGAUGUUCUUCAUGCGUUCACGUCUCACUGAUGAAGCUCUGACUCUCAUGUUUAGGCUCGAUGAGAUGUGAACGCACCAGAACACACGAGACCCGCGCAUCAUCAGUGUUUUCGUUGGGUACAUCGCGCUAAUAGUCCUCGUGUCAGGCAUUUCCCGCAGUGUAAAUAGAGUUAUAUUGUAAAUGUUUGACAUAUUGUAUAUGUGCAGACAUUAUUUUGUAUAGUGAUUGCGCGUUGGCGUACUUUCAUCUGGAUGUCAGUCCUCAUGAGAAGAUCUGGAAAAUAAUGAACUGUCCGUGUCCGACACGUAAAACGUCAUACAGGUCAACUCUAAGCUUCAUGGGAUUGACUCCUCUUUCCCCCAAAUCAAAAAUACAUGUAGAUACUGUAUGUGUUUUGCAUAAAACAAUGAAGCCUUUUCUUUUAAUGAUGAUUUAUUAUUUAAAUUGUAAAGUAAAUAUGCAUCACGUUAGUAUUUGUUGUAAUGAAUGUAUUUUAUGGUGAUUUCUUUCAAAAAUCUUCACAGGCUUCAUGUUCUUGUGCAAAAUCAGAUUCUUUUGAUUCGGGGGUGAAUCUUGUCGAGUUGACAGGAUUUCUGUGGUUUGCGGUGAUCUCAGCCAAUCGGAGCGCUCGGUACUGUUGGACUGAUCUGGAGGAGUUUGUUCCCAGGCCUGUGUUUGAAAGACAGACCCUCUCAGGGUCGACCCUCACUGAUUGUGUGUGUGUGUGUGUGUGUGUGUGUGUUUAUGUGGUUUAUGAGGACACAAAUUUGUAUAAUGUCAAUGUAUGACAAGAAGGUGAUUUAUGAGGACAUUUUCAGUGUCCCCGUAAUUUAAAAAGCUUAUAAAUCAUACAGAAUGUUUUUUUUUUUGAGAAAGUAAAAAUGCAGAAAGUUUCCUGUAAGGUGUAGGACAAUAGAAAAUACGGUCUGUACAGUAGAAAAACCAUUAUGCCUAUGGAGAGUCCCCAUAAACCAUGAAAACCAAUGUGUGUGUGUGUGUCUCCUCAUGGGAGCUUCAGCUUUACACAACACCGCUGGUGUAAAUAUCUUCUCUGGAUGCUCUGCAUGUGUCACUGCCCCGUGCUCCACUACUGAUCCAGCUGUUCUCGUUCAGAUGUUAUUAAGAAAACACAAAGGAGGACCGCCAGGAAAAGCACGUGUACAGACGAAAAAAAAAAAAAGUAAAAACAGCCUCUUCUUUGCUCUUUUUGAAUAGAACCACUAUUUUCUCUUUUCUAAAACGUUGAAAUGCUUUGAUUUGCACUAUGUGUGAAAGCGGCUGCUUUCUUUGGUUCGGUGAUGGUGUGAAUGCUCAUCUCUGAUGGAGCCGCGGGCCCCGAGCAGCAGAUGCACGACGGACGGAACGAGCAUCUGAUCUCAGUGCAGUUACUAAUAGAAAGCUGGCGUUAAAUGACGGUGUUCACCAUCAGUGUGAUUCUGACAGCGUCUAACAGAUACAUGGCUAUCGGGUAAUACUGUGUGCAUCAGUCUAGCUGACCUCAAGCCAGUUACUGCUUUCCACGCAGACAAACACCGGCUUGGUUUAUUAGGAUAAUACAUCGGAGCCCUGUUGAUCAUAUUGGAUAACAACAAUCUCAGUAUUGCCAUUAACAAAAAGCCAUAUUACUAUGAAAGCCAUUACAGAGAGUUGAUGAAGAGUGCAUUGUUAGUGUUUCUGUGGCGAGUCUGCGGCUGGACACGCUCAGAAAGAGCACUUCAUAGACGUCACACUCAGGGUCCCGCUGCUGUCCAAGAACGGUUCACAUCUGUUCACAAACUCAUGCGCAUCGGUGAGAAAGUGCUGAGGAAGCCAGACGUCGGUCUGGUGACGGAAUGCUGCAGCUUUUCCUUCUGGAAGCGAUGGUUUUUUUACCUCUCCACAUUGCUGUGCCUUUGUUUUAUGCUAGCCUUGCCAACGACUCGUGUGAUUUGAGCCGGAUGAGUUAAUGUCGUCAUCACCGCUUACCUGUUUCAAUGAGGUUUCCUUUCGUUCUCUAGAUAUUUAUAUGUUCCACGUUUCUGUUCAGUCUGAUGUUUUAGGUUUAUGGUUUCCUGUGAUUUCAUGUUUUUACUGAAGCUGUGAAAAUGACUCUGCACUUUAAACGCACUGGCGGUGACCGGAGGUGAUUCAGGACAGAAUAAAGUGAUGCUCCUGAUGAUACGCUGCUGUCUCGCUGUCCUCUGUCUCUCACACUAACUCAUGCAAGGCUUUCAUAUCCACUAACGAGGUAUUUAGCUGAUGAUGACUCUUCUGGAUACAGUGGCAGGACAAUGUGCCGUGUAUUCAUCUGAAGACACUGACAGGCAGCAGGGGUCAUUUACUGUACAUUGCCUGUUUAUUUCUCAGCUCAGAGAGAGAGAAUGCUCAUGAAAGACAUGCAAGAGACCGUAACGUCAGGGGAAACACGAUUAAAACAUUGGUCAUUGUUUGUUACCAUUUACUUUGUAUUAAUUUAAUAAGAAUAUGGGAAAAUGUAAUCACUUGUCAUGAAAAUUACAUCAUAAUCAAUUCAUAUAGUAUUAUCAUGAUUACAUUAUAUUUGCCAUGCAUUUGGCCUGACAGGAAGAUGAGGGUUUGGCUCCUCCCAUUUUUUUUUUUUUUUUUUUAAUUCAGCAAUUAUUGAACAUUACCUAGAAAGUCCUGACAAGUAAAUCCAGAUACACACA